AUGAUGCUGAACUCAGACCAGACCGAGAUCGACCUGCCCCCGACGCACUCGGAGACAGAGUCGGUCUUCAGUGACUGCGGGGGGGUGGGCGGCCGCGGGGGGGGCCCCGAAGACGCCGGCAGCGUCGGCCUGUGUGGCCAGUCCCGUGUGGCAGAGCCGGGUGAGGCGCUGAAAAAGGACCUGCAGCACCUGAGCCGGGAGGAGCGCCGGCGGCGGCGCCGGGCCACGGCCAAGUACCGCACAGCCCACGCCACGCGGGAGCGCAUCCGCGUGGAGGCCUUCAACAUGGCCUUCGCCGAGCUGCGCAAGCUGCUGCCCACGCUGCCACCGGACAAGAAGCUCUCCAAGAUUGAGAUCCUCCGCCUGGCCAUCUGCUACAUCUCCUACCUGAACCACGUGCUGGACGUCUGACCGCCCCACUAUGCCCUCCAUCCGUCCAUCUGCCCGCUGACUACCCGACCUGAAGCACGUGCUGGA